AUGGCUGAGGAAGAUGUUUAUACAAAGGAUGGAACAGUAGAUUACCGUGGAAAUCCUGCUAACAAAAAGGAAACCGGAACCUGGAGAGCCUGCCCCUUUAUUUUAGGAAAUGAAUGCUGUGAGAGAUUGGCAUUCUAUGGGAUGAGCACAAAUCUGGUGAGUUAUUUCAAGUUUCAACUACAUCAGCAUGGUGCUACUGCUUCCAAGAAUGUAGCAAAUUGGGGUGGAACAUGCUACAUCACUCCAUUGAUUGGAGCAUUUGUGGCUGAUGCCUAUCUUGGAAGAUAUUUGACCAUUCUUUGUUUUUCAAUAGUCUAUGUUAUUGGAAUGGUACUAUUGACAUUGUCUGCAUCAGUUCCUGGCAUAAAACCAACAUGCUAUGCAGAAGAUAAUUGUCAUGCUACUCAAGGACAGAGGACAGUGUGCUUUGUAGCUCUUUACCUUAUAGCUCUUGGCACUGGUGGGAUCAAGCCUUGUGUUUCAUCAUUUGGUGCAGACCAAUUUGAUGAUGCUGAUGAAGCAGAGAAGAAACACAAGAGUUCUUUCUUCAACUGGUUCUAUUUCUCAAUCAAUAUUGGUGCUCUUAUUGCUGCUUCUCUAUUGGUGUGGGUACAAGAAAAUGUAAGUUGGGGAUUAGGCUUUGGCAUUCCAGCAGUGGCCAUGGCAAUUGCUGUGGUGAGUUUCUUCUCUGGUACAAGGUUGUACCGAAAUCAGAAGCCUGGAGGUAGCCCCCUCACUCGCAUGUUUCAGGUAAUAGUAGCUUCUAUAAGGAAGUGUGAUGUUGAAGUACCUAAUGAUAAGUCUCUCUUGUAUGAGAUAGAAGAGUCAGAAUCUACUAUCCAAGGAAGCCGCAAGCUUGAACACUCAAAUGGAUUAAGAUUCUUUGACAAAGCAGCAGUGUUAGGAAAUUCAGAUAAUGUUAAGGACCCGGUAAACCCAUGGAGACUAUGCAGUGUAACUCAAGUGGAAGAGCUGAAAGCCAUUGUAAGAAUGCUUCCUGUAUGGGCCACUGGCAUCAUAUUUGCUACUGUUUAUGGUCAAAUGAGCAACUACUUUAUACUACAAGGGCAAGCCAUGGAUAAUCAAGUAGGCAACUCAAAGUUUCAUAUUGCAGCCGCUUCUCUUUCUAUGGUUGAUACCCUCAGUGUCCUUUUUUGGGUCCCAGUGUAUGAUAGGAUCAUUGUGCCGAUAGCUAGAAAGUUCAGUGGCCACAAAAAUGGCCUAACUCAGCUCCAGAGAAUGGGCAUUGGCCUUUUCAUAUCCAUAUUUUCUAUGGUAUAUGCAGUAAUGUUGGAGUAUAUGAGACUUAAAAUGGUGAGAAAACACAACUACUAUGAACUUAAGGAGGUGCCCAUGUCAAUUUUUUGGCAGGUUCCACCAUAUUUCAUAAUAGGCUGUGCUGAAGUGUUCACAUUCAUUGGCCAGUUAGAGUUCUUUUAUGAGCAAGCCCCUGAUGCCAUGAGAAGCAUGUGCUCUGCCCUCUCACUCCUCACUGUUGCACUUGGACAGUACUUGAGCUCUUUGCUCAUAACAAUUGUGUCUAAGGUCACUACUAGAAAUGGAGGCCCUGGAUGGUUACCUGACAAUCUAAACUAUGGUCAUCUUGAUUAUUUCUUCUUGCUAUUGACAGGGUUAAGUGUGUUGAAUUUUAUUGUAUUCCUCAUGGUGUCAAAGUUGUAUACAUACAAAAGAUCGGUUGGAACACUUCGCUGA